CUUCAUUACUACAUCUUUCCCUUUAAAGUCUUUGUAUGAGUAUAGAAACAAUGUACUGGAGCUUCAAAACAGCCACCCCAUCAGCUUUUAAUCAUAUUUCAACCCUACUAUAUACUAACCUUGAUUCGCCUGGAUGAUCCGAGCCACGAAAGUAUCCCACUGAGGACAACAACAACGACAACAAUAACAGCGCAUUAGACGGUACCGAAUUGGCCAGUUCCCAAAGUUUAAAUUAUAAUUGAGUCGUAUAUAUAAACCACGAAGUUUCCCCCUCCACAUUUACUCGGCUGUCCUUCAGAGAGGGUCAUCGACCCCUGACCCAUCAUGUGAAUAUUGAUCAAAUAUAUUCGCAACUGAGAUCUAAAUUCAAGACUUCAACACCUGCGUCAUAACUUUUUCCUUGGACUCCAUUACUUAAUAUAACUGGAGUAAACACAGACAAACGAGGAGAAUAAACAAAUCGAGUUCGCGAACUGGCUAUUCGCAACUUUGGCUAGGACAAGGUGGCUACAAGCUUUCAUUGUUUUGUCAUUUAGAAGUCAAAGCAACAAUGGUCAAAACUUUGGUUGAUUUAUGUACCGCUGUGUGCAUUAAAAAUGUUCGAGAUAUCUUCGACGUGGGAUCCACUCCCUACGGUCUUGUUCGCCCCAUCCUUAUGAAGAUUGAUAACGCUGCGCAACUACGAGAGAUAGAAGAGAAUUCUCCCCACAUCCAACCCGAUGACGCCGAAUGUUGGCAGCGCCUCAUAAACCGACAUUUCCCUAGUCAAGUAAAGAAGCACAAUUUCGAACCCCGCGACCCUAAACUAUGGCACAAAGUCUACGAAAAAUACAAGGCGAUCGAGGUCGAGGAAAAGCGCAUCGCAUUGGAGAAGCUGACUUCUAGCCUGAAGACCAUUAAGAAGGAGAAGCAGGAGAAGGCCAGCACAGUGAUCAAUUACGACGCGAAGAUCCUUGGCCCCGCCCCAGGUCGUCGCAAAGGUUUGGGCGGGCGAGAUGUUCCUGGCGCGGGCGGCCUUCGAUGGGGUGGUGGAUCGCGGACCAAGACAACAUCGGCUCGGAGCAUUAUGCAGAAAGCUAGACGAGAAGCCGCCGAAAUCAGUCGCCGAAACAAGCUCGUGACCCCCACCGGCCAACUACCCGUUCGACAGGGGCAAAUUAUUCAAGCUCCGCUUGGUAUGCGAGAGGAACAUCGGAUCAAAUCUCUUCCUACUAUGCCUACCCCAAGGAGAAUUCAAGCGCCCCAGUCGCGAACCGGAGAGCGCUAGGACCGAGAACAGAAGGAACGCGAGGCUCGGUUACUAAAGAUGAAGAACGGAACUACUACGAAGAAAGCUACUAUUCUCUCAGACGACGAGCUUAACGAAGACAAUCAAUUCGACGACGACGACGAUGAUGAUGAU